UCACUUUCCCGGAAAAUGUCACCAGCAAUCAGCAAAUGCAACAAAAUCCGACGCAUUGUGAGAAUCCGUCAAAUGCUACAAAGCUGGCACAAGAAGGCCCGCCUCGCGGCAGCACGUGCGCCGUCCGACGUCCCCGCAGGACACGUGGCGGUCUGCGUGGGGAGCAGCUGCAGGCGGUUUAUCGUGCGCGCGACGUACCUGAACCACCCCAUCUUCCAGAAGCUUCUAGUACAAGCCGAGGAGGAGUACGGCUUCGCCAACCAAGGGCCUUUGACUAUCCCGUGCGACGAGUCGUUUUUCGAGGAGGUUCUCCGGGUCGUGGCCAGGUCCGAGUCCAGUAACUCCGGGCGGUUCUUAAGCAUCGAUGAUCUCCAGAGACGCUGCCACGUGGAUGUUUUGAGUCAGCUUGAAUAUUUGGGUGAAUCUCGGCCGUUGCUUCACGGGCUUGCUGAUAAAUCAGUAUGUUAGCUGUGGAUUUUGAGAGGAGCGGGUCGAGUUGAGACGACUCAGCUGAGUUUCCGAGUUGCAUGGACUGCUCACUGCUAGCUAACUAGUGACUACAAAUAUGAGUUAACUAAUUAUUUUUUAUUUAUUUUUGGGCAAAGAUAGAAAAUUAGUAUUUUUUUGUUUUGUUUUGAGAUGUGGUUAAUAUUUGUGUAAUAUUGUAAAAUUUGGGAAGUGUAAUUGUAGAAUUUCAAGACAGAAAUAUUCAAACAAAAUAUUUGUUGUGACUAA